CCCACCCAUUUUGGUCUUCGCCAUUUUGAGGAAAAGUUGAAAUCCGUUGCAUUUUCAGUAGAAUUUUGGGAAGAUGUCGGUUAGCGACAGUGCCGGCCUUGACCCGACAAGUGAUUCCUUUUGGGAAGUACACCAAUAUAAACGGACCGUUAAACGUAUAGACGAUGCUAGUAAAUUAUGCAAUGAAUUAACACUAAUGAUCCAGGAUAGAGCAGACAUUGAAAAAGCAUAUGCCAAAAGUUUACGAAAUUGGUCAAGAGUGUGGAAUGAAAAAAUAGAAAAAGGCCCUGAAUAUGGCACAACCGAGGCAGGCUGGAAAGGUACAUUAACAGAAGCCGACAGAGUGGCAGAGCUACACUUUGAAGUGAAAGAAAAGCUUGUGAAUGAUGUAAUACCUCAAAUAAAACAAUGGCAGAAGGACCACUUCCACAAACAGAUGAUGGGCGGCUCAAAGGAGAGUAAGGAAAUGGAUGAAAAUUUUAGAAAGGCACAAAAACCAUGGGCCAAAAAACUGGAGAAAGUGCAAAAAGCACGUAAAGAGUACCACAACGCGUGCAAACAAGAGAAAUCUGCAAAUAUUCAAGAAAAUAACGCUAAAGGAGACUCGGCCAUAUCACCAGAUCAUUCCCCCGUGAUAGCCAGAGCAAACAAAGAUCUAUCGGAAAAUAAGUUGAAGAAAAUACAAGAUAAAGCAGAGAAGGCGCGACGUGAUGUUGAAUCUACCCAUUCCAAGUAUGAAGCUGCAUUGAAUGACAUUAACAGCUAUAAUGCAAAGUAUAUGGAAGAUAUGACAGAGGUCUUCGACAAAUGUCAGGAAUUCGAAGAAAAGAGAUUAAUAUUUUUCAAGGAAAUGUUAUUUGGAAUCCACAAAUGCUUGGAUAUUUCAUCUAACCCUAUUUAUUCCCAGAUCUACCAAGACCUGCAUCAAAACAUUAGUCAUGCAGACUUCCAGAAGGAUUUAAAGUUCUGGUCCAACAAUAAUGGGGUUGGCAUGGCAAUGAAUUGGCCAGUGUUUGAGGAAUAUUCCCCAGAACUUCAAGAUAUCUCAAAGAAGAAGAAGAAAGACUUAUCAGGUGGCGGUGAUACGGGGAUCACACUAACGGGAAUGAGCUACCAUCGCAAGACUGACAGCAACGUAUCGGACCCACCUACACAGAAUCCUUUGUAUAACGCAAAUAGUCGAAACUCCACAGAUGACAACAGUCCGCGAGACCACCAGGCAGUUAACAAUAUGGCACAAUCUCAACAAGCCCCACCAAAGCCACCACGUGUCAGUUUGGGUUCAUACGAUGAGGCAAAGAAUCCUUUUGGCGAUGAUGAUGAAGAUGAGGCUAAUACGAUUAAUCUUAGUACCUCUAGCGAAGGCGAUGACACUAACGUGGUUGACCUCAAAUCUGUUAGUGAGGGGGGGAUGACCCCAGGGGUGGUGGCUAGCGAGGGGGAUCAUGAUCAUGACAUGACCCUAGGGGCAGAGGCUUUCUCUCAUUCCCCUCCCACAACUGACUCUUAUGCUACCCCAAGUGAAAGUCCAUCUGGCUCACUAGAGCGCUCCACCAGUCUUCCCAUUCCAGAGUCGCAUGAUGAACAGGAAGUGACAACACCAGUUGUAACUAAGCAACCAGAAAUCCCCAUAAUUUUAGCUCCAAGUUCACCAGUAAAACAACUUGAAAUACCUGAGUCCCCUAAAGCACCUCCUCGAUCACCCAAAAUGCAGAGGGCGCCACUGGCUCCCGUGUCACCAUCACCCAAACGUUCAAAGCCACCACCUCGCCCAUCUCGCCCCCCACGACCUGUGUUGAAAAGAAAAUCAUCAUAUGAUCCUGAGCUCAAUCCAUUUGGUGAUGAUGAUGACGAUGAUAAUGGCAAUAUUACUAACACAUCGAAUCGGCAAAGUAACGCGUCGCCAAAUCCUUUUGGUGACGAUUGGGCGGAUGAGCCUACAACAACACGGCCUGAUGUGACAGAUAAUGGUGCUGUGGGUGUACCCGUUAGAGCUUUGUAUGAUUAUGAUGGCCAAGAAGAAGAUGAGUUAACAUUUAGAUCAGGUGAUGUGUUCACAAAGCUAGAAGAUGAGGAUGAACAGGGCUGGUGUAAAGGCCGUAAGGACAAUACUGUGGGACUAUAUCCCGCCAAUUAUGCAGAAGAGAUCAAAUAAGUGCAACUCAGAUGGCAGUUAGGAUAUCAUUAUCAUUACUUUGGAAUGGGGAUUAAUAUAUAAAGUAUUCAUAAAUACAAUUUGGUUGUAGGGCUAGAAUACAAUCAGUGAGCUAGUUCGUUGUCUGAAAGAAUUGAAAGAUCAAUAUCGUUACCUCUAAAUUCAUCAGGAGCUUCCAUACCAGCACAGUAAA